UUCCAGGCUUCAGAUCUCUCACCCAAGAAGCAGCCAAUAUAACAUUAAAGAGACAGCUCCUGCUCGGUUAGCUAGGUGAGCUCCGCGCGUGUUAUAGUUGUGCAGCGUUUCCAUUGAUCCAGCCCGGAGAACUAAAUCAUGAUGUGGCUGUCUGCUGCUGUCACGCUGCUCAUGGUCCUGAGGUCCUGUGAUGUUAGUCUGGCCACUUUUAGGAAAGCCGUGGAGGGUCCAGGAAAGAAGCAGUACCAGGUCCAGCACGGAGCUUGUAGCUACACCUUCCUGCUGCCAGAGGUGGAAAGCUGCCGAUCUGCCCCUGCCAGCACCUACGUGUCCAAUUCCGUGCAGAGGGAUGCCCCCUUGGACUAUGAUGACUCUGUACAGAGACUGCAGGUUCUGGAGAACAUCAUGGAGAAUAACACACAGUGGCUUCUCAAGCUCGAGAACUAUAUUCAAGACAACAUGAAGAAAGAAAUGGUGGAACUGCAGCAGCACGCAGUGCAGAACCAGACGGCGGUAAUGAUAGAGAUAGGCACCAGUCUAUUAAACCAAACUGCAGAGCAGACAAGGAAGCUGACAGAUGUCGAAGCUCAGGUUUUUAAUCAGACGACACGACUUGAACUUCAGCUUUUGGAACAUUCCCUCUCAACAAACAAAUUGGAAAGGCAAAUAUCAGAUCAGACAAGUGAAAUAACCAAGCUACAAGACAAGAACAGUUAUUUAGAAAAGAAAGUUCUAAGCAUGGAAGAUAAACACACAGAACAACUUCAGGCAAUGAAAGAGGAAAAGGAUACACUUCAAGCACUGGUUUUCAAGCAAAAUACUAUUAUUGAGGAGCUAGAAAAACAACUCAUCACAGCUUCCGCCAACAACACCUUUCUGCAGAAACAACAACAUGAUUUGAUGGAGACUGUACAUAAUCUGUUGACGAGGAUGGCACCACAAGAUGCACCAAGAUCCUCAUUUGUAGCCAAAGAAGAACAAAUAACAUUUAAAGAUUGUGCUGAGGCUUAUAAAUCAGGACUGACUACAAGUGGCAUCUAUACCUUAACUGUACCAAACACUACAGAACAAGUCAAGACUUACUGUGAUAUGAAAACCGGUGGCGGUGGAUGGACUAUCAUUCAGAAGCGUUUUGAUGGCAGUGUUGACUUCCACCGAACAUGGAAAGAGUACAAACAGGGAUUUGGUGAAGUGUCUGGAGAAUACUGGCUGGGAAAUGAAAUUGUGUCACAACUAACCAAUCUACAAAAAUAUGUUCUGAAAAUCCAAUUGAAAGACUGGGAGGGAAACGAAGCAUUUUCAUUAUACGAACACUUCUAUUUGGGAAAUGAAGCACAGAAAUAUAGGAUUCACCUCAAAGGAUACACUGGGACAGCGGGCAAAAUAAAUAGCAUAAGCCAGCCAGGAAAUGAUUUUAGCACAAAGGAUGCAGACAAUGACAAAUGCAUUUGCAAGUGCUCACAAAUGGCAACAGGAGGCUGGUGGUUUGAUGCUUGUGGUCCUUCCAACCUGAACGGCAUGUAUUAUUCAUUGGGACAAAAUACAAACAAGUUUAACGGAAUCAAAUGGUACUACUGGAAAGGUUCGGGCUACUCUCUGAAAGCAACAACAAUGAUGAUUCGACCUGUUGACUUUUAAACAACAUCGUAUAACAAUGGGAUGUAAUUUUUUUUAUUGUCCACUAAGCAAAGACUAUUUGCCAAAAUAAAACCACAGCUGCAGCCUUGUUUUCUUUGUUCCCUAUGGAGUAAAGUGGACAGCGGAUCCAAAUUACCAGUGCAUAGUGUUACCAUCUGUCAGCGUGCAUUGACACUGAAGCAAAUGUGCACGGUAAAGAUUGGACACCAGAUGACUAUCACACCGGCUCUUGGUGCAGCGUUUCACAUGACUGCCUCUAAGUGGCAUGUAAAUAACUGGAACUGGAAAAUAUGCGGAAAAUAUACACCAAACAUACACUGUGUCUUUCUGUGGAAUUAGACAUGCAGUCCCCAAGGGCAGCCUACCUGCAAACCACUUUGUGUUAUAUUUUGUAUUAUGGAGUGUACAUACAAUUGUAAAAUACCUGUAAACAGUAUUUUGUUGCCAACUUAUUACACGCCAUUAAGACAAUGCCAGAUUACAUAUUGUAUCCUUUUUCUACUUAUUUUGUAUUAAUAUAAAUUAUGUCAUCUAAUGGAUAAAACUUUAUAUUAAACACAAUGUUUCCUUGA